ACUUGUGUUAGCUUUUGCAUCAGAACCCGCACUCAACGAAUCAACAUGUCUGGACGUGGUAAAGGAGCUGGAAAGGCCCGCGCUAAGGCCAAGAGUCGAUCUGCUCGUGCAGGACUUCAGUUCCCUGUCGGUCGUGUUCACCGAUUUCUUCGCAAGGGAAACUACGCCGCCCGUGUCGGAGCAGGAGCCCCCGUCUACCUGGCUGCCGUGCUCGAAUACCUCGCCGCCGAAAUCCUCGAGUUGGCUGGCAACGCCGCCCGCGACAACAAGAAGACCCGUAUCAUUCCCCGUCACUUGCAACUGGCUGUCCGUAACGACGAGGAGUUGAACAAGCUUCUCAGUGGAGUCACCAUCGCACAGGGUGGUGUCCUCCCAAACAUCCAGGCUGUCCUUCUGCCCAAGAAGACAUCCAAGGCUUCCAAGUAAAUGCUGCUUUUGCCAAGCAUCAUACCAAGACAAACGGCUCUUUUCAGAGCCACCUAUCCUUCAAGAAAGAUUCAGACGAAUAUCUCUUAGAUACGUAAUUAAUAUGAGUAAAAUGUCUCUCAUAAUAAGGGUUGUGUGUGGUGGAUCGUGGUGCCUGUGGUGGGGAAGGAGCCGAUCGGCUCCUGGAGGAGCUUGAAAGAUAUGCUUAUACGAUUUUUCAAAAUUUUCAAUUAAGAGGGCAGUCAUUCAUGUUUCAAAACGCAUUGCAUGACUGCUACAAACAGAAUCAACUCAAAAUAAUAUAUAUACAUACAUAUAUUUUUUAGAGCUAUAUGCUCCUUUUAAAAUCUAUCAUCUUUAUUUCUACGGAUUUACUAAACCUUUUAUGAUUUUAUAUAUAUCAAUUUCCCUUUUUAUCUUGAAUAAUGUAGUUGUUAAAUUAUUAUUCAUACAUUGUACGCGCUAUGGUACUUUUUGUUUUUAGCGCCUCUAAAUAUCCAUUAUUAUUUAUUAUGUGUGUGUGUGUCACAGCCAUUUGGAGGGUGGAAUAGCUUGUUGGUCCAGCGGCAACCUCUUAAAUACAGAACUCAGACAAAGUAACAAUAGAGACAAUAGUUUAAGGAAAAAAUCCAAUCUUCAAAUAUAACUUGUUCCUCGGAACAACAAUUACAUCACUUCAAAACAUAAAAUAUGGAAAAGUAUUUAAAUCAAUCAUCGAAUUCAACGGAGAUCGAUCACACCUUGCAAUUAUGUAAUGCAACCUUUACUUAUUCCUGAUCAAUUCACUAUAAAGAACCAUUGAUGUAUCCAAAUAUAAGCAUACAGUUUACUGUGUUACUGCUAUAAAGCUAUGCAAGGUUUAAAUGGCUUUGACAUCAAGAAGUUCCGGGGGCUCCAGACGGACCCCAACCGCAUAACACUGCCAUAUAUGAGUAUGGAAGGGUUGGGCCAUGGUCCCGAAAAGUUCU